CACGGGCCACAGACGAGCAGGCAUACGCAUGACCAACAGACUGCACCGAUAUCACGACCUCAUUCACUGCAAAACUCCGCUUCAAAGACCAAGACGCUCACCACUUCCUUCCACUCAACUACGUUGAAUGUACAUACAACUGCACAUCGCCCAGGACGUCGGGAGUGACAUCGGAAAGGAGUCGGAAAGAAGAAGUUUGGUACACCUGCCAUACUUGCCACCAAUCCUGCCCCUCCAUUACCCCACGUGCGAAGACAUCGCUCCGGAUCGGCCAACUCUACCACGGUUCAAGCAGCGACGAUGAAGUUCGGGCAUCUUUUUAAGCAGAGCCUCAAAAACGAAGGAUUCCCGCCCACAUGGGUCGAUUCCGCCAUCUCGUAUCAGCAGCUCAAAAAAUGCAUCAAAAGGCUCGCCAACGAGCUGCAGGAAGUGGGUCUCGACUCCACAAACUUGCCGAAGCUCCUGAAGCACGUUGAGGAUUACAACGCGGCCGCAGAUCAAGAUGAUGACCAAGAACGUCCCUUUGAGUACAUUCUCAAUGGCGACGAGUCCGGAGAUGACCUGCCAAAAGCGCGGAAGCUCUUCCACCCAAAAUUGCUCUUUUACGUAGACGAGGUAACUGGGGAAGUGCAUGGUGCAGGUGUGGACGAAGAAACCAAGCGCAAGCUCCAGAUGCUGGCUGUGGAGACUGGAGUAUCACAAAUGCGAGUGUCCAACGACUCGAACUCCGCACCCAACCCCGCAGAACUGGGAGACCUUCCAAGCCCUACAGAAGAAUCACAUUUUGUGAACGGACUUAAAGUUCGGCCGGGUUACCGAACCGUAGAGGUCCCUCUCACAUCUGAUAUCGAGUUCUUCACAAGACUUACCAGCGAGGUUUCUGGGCUGGAGGAACUCCAACUGCGAGAAGAGAAGCGCAUGCAUGUCAAGAUUGAGGAGCUGGGGAAACAAAUAGCAAAAGUGACAGAUCCAAGUAAAAAGUCCAACAGAAAGACCCUCACGGCAUGGCGCCAGGUUUUUCAGAUGUACAUCGAGGAGGGGAUCUUCUUUGGGACAACAGAAAUAGACCACCAAGCACACGACUCGGACAAGGCGACAAUGAGACUUGCAGAGUUCUCAAACAAGGUCGCCAGGGCAGGUUUAGUCGAAACGUUUAGGAAGAAGAACAAUCUGCAGGCCUUGAACAUGUUCAUGCACAUCAACCGCGAGAUCCUGCAAGGGUUACGUUUCGGCGAGAUCAACCACAGCGCGAUGCUCAAGAUCCUGAAAAAAUUCGACAAACGCACAGCCUUGGGUGUAAAAUCCACGUUCCCCCGUCAAGUCGAAUACCCAUCCUUCUCAGAGCACCUCGCCAAAGCCGUCUGCGCAGAAGUAGACACGCAGAUCCUCUCCCACGUGCCCCAGAUAGACGACUAUUCUUGCCCCAUGUGCAUGGAGAUCAAGUGGCGGCCCGUCAGGCUCAGCUGCAGCCACGUCUUCUGCAUCCGGUGCCUGAUCGUCAUGCAGAACAACAAGCAGCACAACUGCCCCUUCUGCCGCGAGAAGACCGUCUUUGACGCAAAUUCUGACAAUCUCGACCACGAACUCGCCAUAUUCCUCAAGAAAUGGUUCCCAGAAGAAGUCAAGGCUAAACAACGCUACAACGAGCAAAUGGCCGGCGUCGACCAGUACGGCGAGGUCUAUGCGACUGCAAAGUGCGUUGUCCAGUGAUCUCCUACCCGAAUUUGUGCUAAGUGCGUCUCCAGGUUUCUCCGCGGUGGCAGCUUGUGGUGAGUACACUGCGUUGCCGCAGUCAGUGGAAGACGGGACUCACGAGAACGCAGGCACAUGGUUUGACGGGAUGCGU